AUGCUGGCAUCUGUGGUGCUUUCGGAAAUCUUCAUGCUGAUUUGCCCCGAGGUGUCCAUCCACGUAGUGUUCUGGUUUCUGCUGGACUUCCCUGUUGUUGUCUUCUUCUUGGUCUUCUUCUUUGGGCAGCACCUCGCUUGCGGACUCUGGGGUCCCCGCUUCUGGGUGGAUAGGCUCUGCGUGGACCAAACCGAUGAGACAACGAAGGCGGAAGGGAUCGCAGGCUUGCCCACGAUUGUGGCAAACUCCAGUGAACUGCUCGUCCUCUGGGACAAGUCCUACUUCGAGCGGCUCUGGUGCAACUUUGAGCUCUCGAUCUUCUUCAAAGGAAACGGUCUCAAGAAUUUGCGGCUUGUGCCACUGUGGCUCACUCCGUGGCUGCUGACGACCAUGUUGCUCUCUUACGUUUCAGCUCGCCUCGUGGCUGUCUUCACCGAGUCUGAGCCCAGCUUCGGUGUCAAUGACACCAGCAAACUCUCUGGAGUUGCGGGCAGCGCGCUUCUAUUCGGUCUGAAGCGCUUCUGUGGCUAUGCGGCGGCAAGUCAAGCCUAUCUUUGCUUCUGUCUGCCGCCAAUCAUGGUCGGCAUCGUCUCCUUUCAAAAGAAGCUGGACGGACACCGAGACAUGCUGGAAAGCAUGAAGUCGUUCGAUGUACGCAACGCCAAGUGUACCGUGGAGAACGACCGUUUAGUUAUCGAG